AUGAGGAAGAUAGAUAUGUGGCUAGUUGGCUUUUAUUCAUUGGUUUACGUCUUCAGAGUUAUCGACUCCUCCAAUUAUUCAAAUGCAGCUAUCAUCAAUCUUGAAAAUGGCACAGGUAUCAAGAAGCAGCUAGGACUGAGCCCUUCUCAAUGGGCCUGGACAUUGUCUAUAUUCUCCUAUAGCUACAUGGUUUUUGAACCCACGAACACCCUCGCGAUGAAGGUGUUUUCACCUUCGAGAUGGAUGUUUGUACUCAUCCUCGGCUGGGGUAUAUCUGCCUGCUCAUCUGCAGCAGCACAGGACUUCACAGGUAUGAUGUGUGUUCGGUUUGCCAUUGGGCUGGCCGAAGCUGGGUUCUAUCCUGCCGUAUUAUACCACAUGGCCUUCUGGUAUAAGCCUAUUGAAAUGCCACAGAGGAUUGCUAUUUUCUACUCGCUUGGUCAGCUUUCUCCGGCGGUGAGCGGCCUGCUUGCUUAUGCCAUUGGCUUCAUGGAUGGACUAGGCGGUCUUGCUGGUUGGCGAUGGCUUUUUUUGAUUGAAGGUUUGCCUGCUAUUGUGCUCUCGGUUGGGGCGUUAUGGCUACCGGACUACCCCGAGACAGCCCUGAUGCUCACAGACGAGGAGCGAGACUUUUUACGAGACCGUCUCGAAAAGACUGCCCCCUCGGGAAGAAAAGGGUACUGGGAUUUCGAAUCGCUGAAAAAGCUUAUCAAAGAUCCCACCUUUUAUACAUUUACCUUGUAUUGGAUCUGCCAUGGAAUCGGUGGCUUUGGUAUUGGGACAGCGUUGCCCACUGUCAUUUAUGAACUGGGCUUCACGACGACGUCCAACUCGCAGCUUAUGAAUAUUCCUCCUUACCUAUCCGCGUUCCUCUUCUUGAAUAUCUUAGGUUACUUUUUGCAUAAAAAGACUAUUAGGCCGUGGACUACUGCUGUUAUAAUUGAGUCGACUAUCAUUGUUUGCUAUAUAAUUCUCUUUACAGUCCGCAACUCGGUAGUGAGGUAUAUAUUCUUGAUUGUCGCCGUCUCGUGCGCGGGCUCGGCAUAUCCAGUAAUAUGGCCGGAGCGUAUUCGAGCACUCAGGGGGACAGUUGCAUCUGGGUUAGGUAUUGGGUGGACGAAUGCUAUGGCGCAAUUUAGCGGCAUCGCAGGCCCGCAUGUCUACAGCACAGUGUUUGGCCCCUCGUACCAUGUGUCGUAUGGAAUUUGUCUCGGGUUCCUGAGUAUCGGAAUCGCUGCAAUCUUGACUUCCUGGUGGCUUGUGUGGCGGAGGGACCGAAAGGAGCAAGCAGAGCAGGACCAAGGGGGUGAACAGUCAGCUUAA